AGUUCUUUUCAUUCCUCCAUUUAUGCGGUCAAUCCAAAUGCGUACCUGGUUGGAAUGCUUGACGCUGGUGAUUCCGCUCAUAUCUGCUUGUAGCCAUUUGUCACUAGAUUUUGGGAACGCAUCUUAUGGUUUGGUUGAAGACCUUAGAUCAAAAAGGAGUUCGAUUUGGGACUGGAUACGGAUCGAGUUGGUUUACGAUGAAUCUGUGAACGAGCUUACAAAAUUACGACAAACUACUUUGAAGCGACUAAUAUCGCAAGCAAGAGAUUACUUUGAAGAUACUAUCAAAGUCGAGCGAGUAAAAAAACUUCAACUUUGGCCAGUUUGUCCAGGGUGUCCAUCGUACAGCAUGCGCAGAAUCGUCUUCUUCAGCGGAGCGGGUAUGACAAUCUUGGAUCUAAGACAAUGCGCCGGGCAAAUGUGGGAAAGGGAUAAGAAUGGAGAAGUAACAAUCAUAUGCGAAAAGUAUUGCAAGCCUACUUGUGGGACGGCAACAGCGCCUAAGGGUACAGCUAUAUUUACGCCAUGCAGUUGCCGUCAUGGAAAUUGUUCGUCUGAUUUUGACGAUUACAUAGGAACCAUUGCACAUAUAGACUUCGUUCUUUUCGUGGCUAUAAGACAUGGCACCUGCGCAAACGAGACGCUUGCAUAUGCCGGCCGAUGCAGUCUACAUCCCGUUACCCACAGGCCAAUAUCUGGAUAUGUAAACGUUUGUCCUGAAGCGUUUGAGGCCAUGCAAAAAAACGAAAUGUCAAAAUGGUUGUCCCUUAUGAAGCACGAACUUAUACAUGCUUUCGUUUUUUCCACAUCACACUAUAAAAAUUUUAUUGGUGCAAAGCCUGAAGUACAGAGAACACCAAUUUCAAUUGUGCCAGGGGUGAUAGAAAAGUUUAUCAGAACUGAUUGGGAAGUUGCUCGAGGGACUGUCAAUCAUGACGUCUACAUGAUUGUAACUCCGAAAGUCCGACAAGAAGCACGAAAUCAUUUUGGCUGUCCUACGCUUGAAGGGGCUGAAGUGGAAAAUCAGGGCGAUAGCGGCAUGAGAGCUUCACACUGGGAGAAAAGAGUUUUUGAGAACGAGGCAAUGUCAGCUGUCACAACACAGGUAUAUGCAGUUUCACGUGUGACUUUGGCACUUUUUGAGGAUUCUGGUUGGUAUCAAGUGGACUACGACAAAGCCGAAGACAUGUCAUGGGGCAAAGGUCUUGGUUGUGUUUUUGCAAAGAAAAGCUGUUUAACAUGGAUGAGAAGCCGGCAAGAUCCAUACCCGUUCUGUACACAACAAUUUGAUGUGAGAUGUAGCGAGGAUCGUAAAUCUAAAGUAAUCUGUAACUUGGUGUCGCCAGAAUUUGCCAAAAUACCGAUUGAUUAUAACUACAACAUCCCAAGCCUUUAUACUGAUGAUAAGGGUGGAAGUAUAGUCGCAAUUGGUCGAGAAGAAAUUGCUGAUUACUGUCCCUAUUAUCGAGUCUUCGCUGAAGUAGAGAAAGAAGCAACAGACUCUCGUUGCACUUAUGCGGGAAAUAUGUACUAUAACAAUUAUUCACUAGAACAUGAGCAGGUGUGCGCUAAAUUAAGAAAGAUCUUUUCUCCUUCUGCUCGCUGUUUUUCGCUUGAUGGAGGAAUCGAGGUCAGCAAAAAAUCAACGAUAACCACUUACCAUCAUAAAGUUGGUUGCUAUGAGACUGCUUGCAAAGACGACCGUUUAUAUGUAAAAAUACAAAGUUCUAAAUUCUAUCCUUGUCACUAUGCUGGCCAACUUAUACAUGUAGGAAAGGCCAUCGCAGUGAUGGGAAAGCCGGUAGCGGUGGGAUUGGUACGGUAA